UUUUACAUCUUGGAUAAAUAGAAAAGUUUUGAGUUUGCAGACAUUUUUGUGUUUAAUAUUUGUGAGAAACAUUAGUUGAAAUAGUUUAAAGAGUAAACACCGAAAAUAAUAGUGUUAAAAGCUUGGAUAUAACAUAUACAUGUAUAUUAGUUAUUUUCUUUGUUUAAUUGUAAAUAUCAGUUUCAAAUAAUGGUUUCGGUUGGACUUUGCAUCCUUGAUUCGAUUGCAAUGAUAGAAACAGUUAUUAAAAUAUCACAAAUGUACACAAUAUUAUUUAAUAGUACAUCAGUCAACACUACAAAGGGACCUAUCGUUCCAGAGACGGAAACGCCUAUAGACGGGAAAAAACCUGAAGUGACAAUUGAACAAUAUUCAAGACACUGGUUAUGCAAGGAUGUGGAUACACAGAGAUACUUUUACAAAGCCAUGAAAUUAAAAUUUUGCUCUUCGCCCUUUACAAGUACAUUCGUUGCUAAUCUCGUCAUGGACCUUUGUAAACAGCAGGAUUUCAUGCUAGAUAAAUGGGUCAAAGAGUUAUUCGAUUUUGAUGUCGAAAACUCUUGAGAAAGCAGCUUGGAAGAAAUCAAUGCCAUUUGACAAACACAAUUGUGCUUAUACAAACAUUUCCUGGAAGCUGAAAAUCCCAAGUAAAAAUGUUUAUAUCAUUACUGAAGUAAGUGAACAUAAGAUAACAGAAAAAAGCAGGCGGACUUUGUUAUGACAUUAGUAUGGAGAGAAUUCUGGGAACCGGCUGAAAUAAUUAUGUGACUAAUUAACCCGGAUGCAAAACUGUUGGAUUCUGUAUAUAAGAGAUAAUAUGAAGGAAACAUGUAGAUAAAUAAAGCUUAUUUCAAGCCGCUAAUUGCUUCGUAGAUGCCAGUGGAUGCGUGUUUGUUUUUGCAAUUUUAAUUGGAUUCUGCAAUUAAAUGAGCUAGAUUUUAUGUGCUUAAAUAAUCCGUCUAAAAAGUUUAAAAUUAUAUCGGAUGAUACAUGUAAGAAAGUAACCAGUCACGUGCAUGUAAAUGAAUAACUAACAGUUACUGAGAAAUCUUCAAGUAACUAAUGAAAUAAAAUAUAUUCAAAAGGAAUGGCUAUCUGUUUAGUGACUGUUUAUUAUAUAAACAUUAGAUUUAAAUGUGAAUCAUAGUUUAUUAUAGAAACCUUCUUCGACAAUAGAAGUAUAAAAUAUGGUAUCCGUCGGAUUGUGUAUUUUAGAAACAAUAGCUGCGAUAGAAACUGUAUUCAGGCUAUCGCAACAAUAUAUUUUGAUGCAAGAUAUCAAUGUGACUGUUGUACCAAUUGAGGACCAGCCAAAUAUUGAACCUAGGAUUGAACCACUUAUUGGACAUAGCAUGCAUCGCACAUCAAUUCAUCACUACGCAAGACAUGGCUUGUGUAGAAAUUUCGAGGGCCAGAAAAAGCUUUAUAAAGCUUUAAAAACAAAACUGUGCAAUACAAAGUUAUCCUUUAUCGCUGGCUUAGUGAUUGAUUUAUGCAGACGCAGAGAUAGUAUGCUUGACAAAUGGGUGAAAGAGUUGUUUGACAUUGAUGGAGAUGGAUUUGUUACACAUCACGAGAAACAAUUCUAUAAUUAUGUCAAGUGAAUGUCUUUAAAUUGUAUUCGCAAACGUCGUUGAAUCAAAGAACACGAGAAAAACGUGAUGAGGUAUAAUGCUCUGUACAGUUCAUUUUAUACAUAACACGGUAGUUCAGAUGAACGGAUAAAGAAUAUUUUUUCGAAGCAUGCUGUUUUGUUACUGUAUUUUAGCUUUUUAUAUGAAAUUAUAUUGAAUAAACCUACAAACAUCAUCGUGAAGAGUAAUAUGUAGUGUAUCGAAGAACACCAAACAAUGUAUGGGAAGUUGCAAAUAAGAGUUAAAGAUGAGAUUAUUUUCAAGGUGGAUGUACGAGAAUUUUCUUGCGAACAUUAUAUUCUUGUGUGUAUUUAAGCCAGUUAGAGAUGAUUCUUUUUUCAAAGUAGCCCAAAUAAAAUUUACCCCUGUUGUGUAA